CGAUCAAAUGCAAUAAAAUAAACCAACAGACCUAAUCUCCUUUCAUCUAGUCCCACUCUAGCAAAUUGCCGGCGCUUUCAUUGGCCUCAUAUGGCUUUAAUCGGCGGGACAAAUUUAGGAGAAUAGGGGUGAUAAUACAGCCGCUUCAAGCCAUGGCAGUGAGGAUAUCGGAGCCGCUCUGUCAGCCCUGCGUUUACCACGAAGCUUUUAAAGUGGAGUUACAGGUAAAGAGACCUCUGAUGCCUGUCCAGCUGAGUCCUGAGCAGGUGGGCCUGGAGAUGCUGUGUCUUUGUGGGCAGCUGGACCUCCUCAUCAGGGCACAGAUGCAGCAGUUCCAGGAGCAGUUAGGACAAGGUUGUAGCCCAGAGGAGUCAGACACAUUCCAGGCUCAAGGAUCUGAGAUUCUUGACCAGAUGCUGCAGUGCCUUGAACAUCUACCAAAGCCUAUGCCACAGCUAGAGGACUACCUGGACAUGGUGGGACUGUCAGCAAUGUUUCCCAGAGUGGAGGUGUUCCUUAUUCAAGGUAGUCCUGUUGACAUGCUGGAAAGGCCCCCAAUGGAUGAAUACUUCUUCCACAUUGCCAAAUUGAACCAGCUCCUGGUGCUGAGUCAACAGCUAGAAGAGGAUAUCAGGCACCUUGGAAGUCAUAAGUACAUUGCCCACCAGCUCUCAGUUAUAUAUCAAGUCCUCAGCUCUUUCAGGGGAAUUCAGGUCUUCUCAGAAAUAAAGAAGGAUAUUGAGGCCAACUUCAAACAGAUGAAACAGUCUCUGGUGGUAGAGGAAGGCUCUAGGCAUGAGCCUCAGCUGGCUGCUCAUUAUAUCAACUGGAUAUUAGAAAUAACUCAAAGCUUAACAUCACUGGUACUGUCACUGCCAGACGAGCUAACAGAAGACGUUCACCAGGCCGUGACCUUCGUGUCUCAGUUCCUGUCCUGACUCCCCUUAAGGAACAUCUCUGUAUCUAUGAAUCCUUCUCCAGGGCUCUCCUGCUUCAAAAUGAACUGAUUAUGUUAUGAUCGUGAAAAGGUGCUAUACAAUAUGAUUCUCCUGAAUAAUAGUGGGGUUGGCUAGCCUACUUAUUUUACUUUACUUACUUAUUAGUCCCUGUGGUGAGUUAGCUGGUUGGAACUGAAUGUAAACUUACUGAAUCCCUUCUUGCACUACUGUUAACUUUUUUAAAUCUAGAGCGGAAUAAUAAAAUUAAAUGCAAUGAACCCAAGUUGAAUGGCAUGUUUGCUCUUUAUGGCUCUUAAACUCAUGGAUGCAUGAACCUAUCAGGCUAGAACCUACAAAAGACCUCCAAUGGGCCACUAAUGUACAUAAUUGUGACCAAACUGUCAGAAACAGACUCCAUGAUGGUGGCAUGAGGGUCUGUCAUAGUGGGACCUAAGCUCAUAGCCCACCACUGUGCAGUUCAUUUGGCAUUCAUCUGAGAACACCAGAACUGGCCGGUUCACCACUGGCGCCCCACUCUCUUCACAAAUGGGAGCAGGUUCCCAAAGAGUACAUGUGACAGUAUAUGGAGACGCCGUGGCCAACGUUACAUUGCUUACAUCAUCAUCCAGCAUAACAGGUUUGGGAGUGGACGAUGUGUUCUCCAUGUGCUCACCAACAGUACCCUGAGUGCUGUUUGGGGAUGAAAUCCUCAGACCCACUGUCAGAUUUUAUGCAGAUGCAGCGGGCCCUGGGUUCCUCCUGGUGUGGGGUACCCCGUGUGGCCAGAGGGUGUAAGCAGUUCCUGGAUGAUGAAGACACUGAUGCCACUGACUGGUCCUCACGUUCCUGAGUCUUGAAUCUGACUGAGAACCUCUGACAUGUUAUGUAUCAGUGGAUCCAAUGCUACCAAGAGCGCAACAGAGGGCUCGCUUGAUGCCCUGAUCCAGGUGUGGGAGACCACCAGGACAGCAUCCGCUGUCUCAUUAGGAGCAUGCCCAGACACUUUUGAGACUGUAUACAGACUUGUGGGGGCCAUGCAGACUACUGAGGCACAUUAUGAUGCAUGUUGGAUCAGCC